AUGGCGAAGCGAAGCGCGCUGUCCUGUGCACUGGCAGCAGUGGGAGCCCUGCUGCUAUGCUGCAUGGCCACUGCCUUCGUGGCUCCUGGUGCGCCACCCCGCAGUGCCAGCGCGGUGCAACUUCGUGCCGGAGGUGAGUACACAGGCUUCGUGCCGGACCUGCAGCGCCGCCAGCUGAUGAACUUCGUCCUGGUGACCACAGCCGGCAUCCCAGUGCUGGUGGCGCUGGGAUGCUACCUUUGGUACUUCGUGCCGCCGGUGGCCGGCGGUGGCAGCGGUGCGACACUGGCCGGUGAUCAGGAGG